CUGUAAUCUGCAGGUGAGGCUGGGGGAGGGUGUUUGCUGUGACUGACUGGAGCUCCUCUGUCAUGUAGGAACACUUUACUUGAUUGAGGAAUAAAAACAGGAAUGCUGAAAGGAGAAAAAGACUGAGGCUCAGAGGCUGAUAAAGUCAAAUAUUUACUUUUAAUCUGCUUUUAUUCUCUGUUUUACCUCGUUGUCAAUAUCAUUUACCCAAAUAAAGCGAUUUUAAUUGAAUUAAUGUUUAUUGUUGUUAAUUAUUAUUGAUUUGACAGAUGCUCUUGUGUUGAGUUGCUAUACUGACACAUAAUAGCAUUCAGUGGCCUUUAUACGUUGGCUUAUAAGUGGCCUCUCUCACUUUGAUAAGGGUUUAAACAUUACGUUACCUUUAAAAUAAUAUAUUUGAUUGUUGCAUUACUGAAGAAGAACACAACGAGUUUAACCUUUAGGAUAAUCGGUCAAUUUGAAAUGAACUCCAGGCCGCAGGUGGCGCGCGGUUCUACACAGACGAAGACGAAGAUCCAUCCGCCAUAUUUGUUGUCGCAGAUUCGACAGAAACCUCUGCAGAAGUAAAUUAAGUAUAAUGGAUGUAUUUAAACUGCGCUCUGCCAAUACAAACAAGGGUUAAAUCGUUUUUUCGAGUCAUUUUUACGUAGUUCUGAUUUAAAAAUGAUGGAUACAGAGCAAGCAGACGGUUCGUCAGUCUUCAUGUGCAAAAUAUGCAACUUGUUCUCUCCCAGUAAACCAUUGCUGCUGUCUCAUGUUACUGAGACUCACUCAAAUGAAGGAGGGGAUCCUGACUCUUUUAUUAUAGCACUUAAGCCUUUAACAACUCAGGAGCCACAGAAUUCAGAAGUUGUUUUGAAAAGAAAACGUGGAAGACCAAAAGGCUCUACUAAGAAAGUCCAACCAGAAAAGGUCCAGAAAAUAACACCUAAUCAGCAGGAGAAAGAGUCCACUGCGAUACACCCGCUAGCCGGAGAGCCUAGUGAGGAUGGCAGUGAUCUGGAGUGCAAGAGAUGCAAUCGUGUAUUCAGCAACAGGAGACAAAUCUCCAAACACAUUUGCUUUGUAGGACUGAAAGAGGCUGCUGAGGAAGAAGAGUAUGGUAAUAAUACUGAUGCAAAUAAAAUCAGUGAUGGAGAAGAGGAGAAAGAGAGGACACCAAAGAAAGCUCGAGCGAUGCGGACAGAUAAGCCGUCCAGUGCAAAGGACCCAGAAUCAGCAAGCGGCAACAAAAACCCUAUUAUUAGUGUGGUCCUUACUAAUCACGAGGCCAUGCCUGGUGCCUCUAAAAUAGUUCCUAUCGAAGCAGCUCCAGCUGAACCAUCCACCCAGACUGUUGCAGACGCAGGUUCCCAGGAGGGAGCGAUGAAAAGGGGAUACCAGGAAUAUGCCAUUCAGCAAGCUGCUUAUGAAGCACCCCUCAAAUCAAACAGGUUAGGACAGACACAGCUUAAAAUCUUCACAUGUGAAUACUGCAAUAAAGUCUUCAAGUUCAAACAUUCACUGCAGGCUCACUUAAGAAUCCACACCAAUGAGAAACCAUUCAAGUGCCCGCAGUGUGACUACGCCAGCGCUAUCAAGGCCAAUCUUAGUGUUCAUAUACGGAAACACACCGGCGAGAAAUUCAGCUGUGAGCUGUGCUCAUUUAAUUGCCUCAGUAAAGGACACCUCAAAGUGCACGUGGAGCGAGUGCACAAAAAGAUCAAGCAGCACUGCCGAUUCUGCAAGAAGAAAUACUCUGACGUGAAGAACCUUCUUAAACACAUCCGCGAGACUCACGACAUGAGCGACAAGAAAGUACAGGACUCCUACAAUGAGUACAGCCUCCAGACCAGGGAGGGCAAGAGACAGCUUCUGUACAACUGUCAAAUAUGCGACCGCAAGUUCAAGAACGAGCUUGAGCGUGACCGUCACAUGAUGGUUCAUGGCAACAAGAGACCCUUCGGCUGCGAGCUAUGCGAUCACGGCUCAACCAAAUUCCAAGCCUUGCAAGCCCACAUCCGAAAGCAUCCCUUCAUCUACGUGUGUGCCGUUUGCCAGGAAAAGUUUGUCAGCUCUGUGCGGCUUAAGUCGCAUCUCAGAGAGUUCCACCCGGAAUCUGAUGAACCCUCUGCUUUUGCAGACUCCAUCAAUUCCAGCUUUUGCUUGCUCAAACCAGGCGACGACAUUCAGAAGGACAUGUUGAAUCAGGAUGAGCUUAAGAUCACAGAAGAGCUGUCGCAGCUCAACGCCCAGGAGCUGUUAACCACAGAAAUGACUUGCUUGGGUCAAGAGGACCUUCAAACUCAAUGCUCCGAUAGUUUAGUGGUGGAGUCAGACCUUCUUGUACAGAACUCACAGGAUGGAAAUCCUGUUUCAGACAGUAUGAAUAAGAUAGACACGUCUGCCGUAGCACAAACACAAGAGAUGGUCUGUGAAGAUGAAAUCAAUUCCCAAAGGCUUCAAGAGUGCUGUAUGACAGAAGAUCAGAAUCCUGCUCAAGAAACUGCACCUUUGACGCCUGAAAAACCCCAAACGCACUCAGAGCAGCUAGUAUCAAAUGACACAUUUCCUCAAACCGAGAAAGAGGUGAUUGUGCCACAAACUAACGCCGAUGAGGACUUACUCGGUUCAGAGCUAGAAGAAAUAUCUUCUUUCAAGCAGAUUGUAGAGCAGAUGCAAAAACGACAGCUGAACAUGGAAGUUUUUGAACGGAUCCGGAAAGUGUAUGGAGACCUUGAAUGUGAAUACUGUGGGAAGCUUUUCUGGUAUCAGGUGCACUACAAUACGCAUGUGCGAACGCACACCAAAGAGCACCUCCAUUACUGUUCUCAGUGCAAUUAUUCCUCCAUCACUAAAAACUGCCUGAAGCGGCAUGUCAUCCAGAGACACUCGGACAUCCUGCUGAAGUGUCCCUCUGAAGGAUGCCAGUACUGUACUCCUGACAAAUACAAACUUCAGGCUCAUCUCAAAACCCAUUCGGACAUUAUCAAACGAAGUUUUAUAUGCCCAGUAUGUCAAGAGACUGUUCCCGAAGACAAAGUUAGAGCUCAUAUCAAAAGCAACCAUCCGGAUGUGUCGCUGAACUACAUCUCGGAAACGUUGGGACUACGUGUACAUGUGAAAGGAGUGAUCGGGAAACGAGCUUCCAAAUGCCCGUACUGUGAUUGCUUCUUCACAAGGAAUGGGGCAGAUCUUCAGCAGCACAUAUGGGCCCAUGAAGGACUGAAACCGUACAAAUGUUCACAAUGUGAUUAUGCCUCAAGGAGUAAAAGCAACCUCAAAGCUCACAUGAAUAGACACAGUACUGAGAAAACACAUCUUUGUGACCUCUGCGGAAAAAAGUUCAAGUCUAAAUGCACUCUGAAAAGUCAUAAGCUCAUGCACACAGCAGACGGAAAACAGUUCAGAUGUACUGAGUGUGACUUCACUGCUGCACUGAGACCGCAUCUCCUUCGUCACAUGGAGCAGCAUGCUUCUUUCAAACCUUUCCGUUGUGCACACUGCCACUACUCGUGCAACAUCUCAGGCUCUCUGAAAAGACACUAUAACAAAAAACAUCCCAACGCUCAGUAUAUCAAUGCUGGAACAGGAGUGUCCUCUUCCGAAACUGUGAUAGAGCAAGGUGGAGUCAAAUGUCCUGUGUGCAAUUUCGUUUAUGGCACUAAAUGGGAAAUGAACAGACAUCUUAAGAGCAAACAUGGUCUCAAAGUAGUGGAGACCGACAGUCUUGGUCUGAAUCAGUGGGAGGUAGUGGAGUCAGUGGAGGAGCCGGCCAUGCAGUACCUUCACAUAGCUGAGACUGAGGGUCCACGAGGAACAGAGACCGCUGUAUCAGCUCUGCAGGACCUGCGCUUCAACACACAAAAUGGUGUUGUGUCUGCGGCAGCGGGAGACAGACUAGACCCGGCGUCUGUCAACAUCCUGCAGCAGAUCAUUGAUCUGGGCUCAGAGAAUCAUGAUGCUGCUGUGGCUUCUGUGGUUGCCAUGGCUCCCGGUACAGUUACUGUUCUGGAGCAGGUGGAGCAGGAGGAGCCGCAGGCCAAUCAUGCCAUGCUGAUCCAGGAUGCACUGCAGCAGGCCACAGUGGGCCUGGGAGAAGAGCACCACCUAGUGUUGUCUUCAGAUGAAAUGGAGGGCAUCAAAACUGUUACAGUGUAUACGCAGGAAGACGCAUCCCAGUUCAUAGUCUAUGUUCAGGAGUCUGUGCAAACUGAGGAGACCAGCACAGUAUAGACCGUAGUAAGACCAUACAUAUGGGGUUUAAAACUACUAGCUAUCUAGUUCAAAUGCUGUUCAAGUGUUCCGUUCUAGUUUUACUUCUGCUAUAGUUAAUCCAGUCAGGUCUUGAGUGGAUUAUUGCAGCCAUACAUAUGCUUAUAGGGCCUUAUCUUGCACAAUUGUAAAUAAUCUGAAACAGUGGCAGUGAAUAGCCAGCCUCGUGCUACAAAAAAAUUGUAAUACAAAAAGAUCAGUUAGUUUUAAGACCUAAUCACAGUAAAGCCAGCUGCACAUAACUAAGAAUCUAUUUUAGAAAUGUGAUUUUCUUUUUUUGUGUGCCUUCAUUGUACGUAUGUAACAGAGUUACUGUGUGACUCUGGACUUCUCCACACUUUUUAUAUAACGCUCCCAUACAGUGUAUGGCUGUCAUUAUAGUAAACUGAGUUAUUUAAUG